AUGGGUUCUGAGAAGGAUGUGGAGGCGGCUGCCACCGCCGGCGUCCACGGGCUCCGAGAAGGAUCUUCUGAACACGGCACGUUGACGGAAGAGGAGACUGGUCGGAAGCUUGCCUCUUCAGAUGAUUUGGAAAAGGGGGAGAAACGACAGAUGCAGGAACGAAAGAGCUUCGACGAUGUCGAGGAGGCUCCAGACAGCGAGCCGUAUGAAGAGCAGGAUGCUAUUGAACGUACCCAGACAACUCACACUCACGCGAGCGCCCGGAGCCGUCUCUCACACAUCGCAAGUCUCGCCUCAUCCCGUCGCAAACCCCGCGAACAGCUCCCGCCGACCAUUCACCCGCUGUCCGACCUCGAUAACGGCAUAGUCGGCUGGGACUCUCAAGAUGAUCCCCUGAUGCCCAUGAACUUCGAUGGCCGGCGCCGAUGGCUCAUCAUCUGGUUCCUGUCGGGCAUAACCUUCAUGACUCCCUUUGCGUCCUCCAUUCUCGCGCCUGCGAUUGAGUACUUCAACGACGAGUUCGGGAAUGACGACCUGACGCUAGGCACGCUGCCGGUCUCCAUCUACCUUUUGGGGUAUGCCAUCGGGCCCUUAUUCCUUGCUCCCCUGUCCGAGAUAUACGGCCGUCGCCCCGUGCUUUCCGCCGCAAACUUCUUUUUCUGCGCGUGGCUCAUCGGCUGCGCACUCGCGCCGUCUCUCAACUCGCUCAUUGUGUUCCGCUUUCUGUCUGGCGUCGGCGGCUCGGGCUGUCUCGCCAUCGGCGGCGGAGUCAUCUCCGACAUGAUUCCCAUUCAUGAGCGCGGCAAAGCGCUGACAAUCUGGAUGGUCGGCCCGCUCGUCGGCCCAACCCUCGCGCCGCUUGUCGGGGCCUUUAUAGCGCAGGAUAUCGGCUGGCGUUGGGCGUCAUGGAUCGCCUUCAUCGCCGCGACGCCCAUGGCCAUCGUCAUCGCCAUCUUCAACCAGGAGACGAACCCGCGCGUGCUGAUUGAUCGCAAAGUCGCCCGUCUGCGCCGCGAGCUGAACCGCCCGGAGUUACGCAGCGUGUACGUCGACGCAUCCAGCGCCGCACCACAGUCGACCGCCCAGGUCCUCCUGCGCGGGUUGAUCAGGCCGAUCAAGAUGCUCUUCCUGUCGCCCAUCAUCUUCAGCGUGAGCCUGUACAUCGCCUUCGCGUACGGCGUACUCUACCUCCUCUUCAGCACGAUCCCGCUCGUCUUCCACAGCACGUACGGCUUCUCCACCGGCACCACGGGCCUGGUGUACAUCCCGCUGGGCAUAGGAUACAUCCUGGGCAUGGCGUGCUUCACGUUCCUCUCCGACAGGACCGUCGUGCGCAUGACCAAGGCCAACAACGGCGUCUUCGAGCCCGAGAUGCGCCUGCCGGACUGCAUCUACUUCGCCUUCCUGCUUCCCGUGACCUUCUUCUGGUACGGCUGGACGGCCGAGUUCCACACCCACUGGGCGGCGCCCGUCGUCGGCCUGCUGCCGUUCGGCAUCGCCAUCCUGGGCAUAUGGCAGCCGAUCCAGGCCUACAUCAUCGACGCGUACCCGGGUUUCGCCGCGAGCGGUCUCGCCGCUUUCACCGUGUUCCGGAGCAUCGUCGCGGCCUUCUUGCCCAUGGCGGGUCCUUCCAUGUAUGACGCCCUCGGGCUGGGAUGGGGGAACAGCCUGUUGGGGUUCAUAGCCGUUGCGCUCAUUCCCGUGCCGGCGCUGAUUUACAGGUACGGUGGCCGGUUGCGCAAGUGGCAGAAGCUCGAGCUUUAA